GCGUCAUUCUCCCCUCGAUUACGCAGCAGGAUUUACAUGAAACUGUUAAUUGUUUGCUCUUCAAAUAGAGCCAGCCUGGAGCCAACAGUCUACCAGAAGUUAAGGACCGGCUCCGCAGUGCCAUCCCCCUUCUCCAGUCCUGUACCUCUGCGCUCGAGCCCCGCUGAUCAGCAUGACAAAGCACUGGCCGGAGCACAGCCUCUUGGCACCACCCGCUCUGUCCCACCUGAGAGAUCCCCACGACCAUCAACUUGACUUCCAAAGAAACGCGCAUCAUACAGCGCACCGUCCCAGCGGAGUAAGACGGACCUCUCCUGCUCAGCACUGGUCUUAUUCUCACCCGGCUUACGCGGGUCAAACGCGGCUGCAGGAGGAUCCUUUAUCUCGUCCCAAGCACCUUACCUCAGCUUUCAUGGAUAACGCGGUACCCCCGGACUCAACGUACCCCAGCGCGGAGGAUAUGGACUUUAAACAGGAUACAAUCAAACAGGAUACAAUCAAACGGGAUGCGUGGUGCAAUGAACAAGAAAAGACCACUAAAGGCACAGGCAAGAAGAAGAACUACCAAAGAUACCCCAAGCCUCCGUACUCCUAUCUGGCCAUGAUUGCAAUGGUCAUACAAAGGUCUCCUGAGAAGAAACUAACGCUGUCCGAGAUCUUAAAGGAGAUCAGUGCUCUUUUUCCUUUCUUCAAAGGGAAUUACAAAGGCUGGAGGGAUUCUGUCAGACACAACUUGUCUUCAUAUGACUGCUUUAUCAAGGUCCUUAAGGACCCUGGUAAGCCUCAGGGAAAAGGAAACUUCUGGGCUGUGGAGUUGAGCAGGAUUCCUCUGGAGCUGCUGAAGAGGCAGAACACAGCUGUCUCUCGACAGGAUGAGACCAUCUUUGCUCAAGAUUUGGCCCCGUACAUUCUACAGGGGCAGAAGAUUGAAUCAGAAGUGUCACCUCCCGAGCCUGUCACCUCUCUCCCCUCCAUGCGCCCCAGAAAUCUGUCCCCGCCUCAGGACGACCUGUUCCGACCCAAACUGGACUCGUCCUUUGCCAUAGACUCCCUUCUGCACAGCUUUAGGCCCUCCAGUGGAGCAGGAGAGGUGCAGGUGACCAAAGACUGUUGGAGUGAGAUGGAGCGACCCAGGGGCUCCCCUCCUCGCCCCCGUUAUGCUUCCUCUGCUCGCAGCGCGUCUGCCAGUUCCGCCAGCCCCGCCUCCACCUCUUCCUCCUCUGAUGAUGAGUGGAGAGGAGUGACUCUUUCUGGGAAACGUGCUCCCGAUGAGGCUGAAUCAGACGGUUAUGAAGACUACAAACCAGUGCACAAAUCGGCCCGAAGAGAUACUGUGGCACCUCCAUGGGAGCUGCCUACGUCCUAUGCCAAAUAUGCCCCCCCAAAUGCUGUUGCCCCACCCAGUAUGCGUUUUAAUGGAAGUCCACUAAUGCCUCUUCAUGGUGGGCUUCCUCUUUAUGGUUAUGGUAGUUCACCUGUUACACCGGGACACUUCCUGGGCCACACAUACUGGCCUAUACUGCCCAACGGACGGGUUCAAGCACCUCCUCUUAUUAUGGACCUGGACAAUAUGCUACAAUCAGUACCUCCAAAUAAAAGUGUGUUUGAUGUCCUCGUGCCAACUAACCAGAACUCCCAUCAUCAACCGCCCAGUCAUUACACACUGCAAAAUGGACCUUCACUAAACCGAUAUCCACAAUACUGAAAGGUGUUAUAGAUGGACUGUUCAGUGAAAGUAAUAUGAAGAUGAAAGCUGCAGCAAUAGUAUUCAGAUAUGUUAAAUACAUGCCUUUAGUACUACCUACCUCAGUCUAAAAUGAUAGGCAUGUGUUUCCAUGGGCUCUUUGCACUGCCAGUUAACUUGCACUGUUUUUAAAUGUUGUUUGCCAAAUGUGACUCUUGUAUCGUUGGUCCUAUUGAUGUCAGAUGUCUGGCACAAUGGGUGGUCUUUAUAUUACUAUAUUUAUUUUACUGUCAAACAUAGCAAAAGAAUCACAACAUACUACCUCACCUCAAAUGAACUUUUCCUGCUGAUCCAUUUGCACUAUUUUGAUGUCAUUACAGAUAUCAUAGCUCAACAUCAACUUCAGCAGGUGAAUGUAAUGAUAUUUUUUGUCAAUUUUUAUGUGGUGUUCAAAAAGCUUUCGUGUCUGCUAGCUCAGAUGUUUUAAAAAGAUUUUACAGAGUAUGUAAUAAAUGCUCUUUAUUUUU